GAAGGUGGCUUGGUGCUGGUUCGCCGGGGAGUGGCGCGCGGAAGGGAAGGGCCGUCCCCUCCUGGUCGGUGGGGGGUGUGCCGCUGCUCGCCUUAAUUUCGGGGAAAGGGGCACCGGGGAUUUUGAAGAGCGCCUGCUGGGAUGGGUCCUAGGUUGAAAAGCGCCUGCUUGGCACUCGAUGCUUUUGUGCCCUUUCAACAGUAAUUAACUUUCUUCUCCCAGCUGGUACCCCUUAAGAAGCGAUUUGCCCCUUCAAGUCCUUGGGGGAUGCUUCCUAAAAAUGCUCCCUAUUUCAAGAAUGACUCUCUCAAAUUCUAGCCUAGGAUUUUUUUUUUCUCCUUAGCUCAAUAAAGCUUGGCAUGCUUUCUCUGAUGCUGCUUUAGCUUUGCUAUAAAUCCAUCCCAUUUGUGCUUUGCCCCUGUUAAUCCAGCCUAAGAGAAACUUUUUGCGUGCCUGCAGAACCCUGCCGCUGAUUUCUCUCUAGCCUUAUCUGCGUAUUUCAGGCCAUGCUACUAAAAACACAAUCUCAGUUUGUGUUCCAGAUCCGCACCAAUUCUCUCCAGCCCGGUCCUUGAAACAAACCACGCCAGCGCCACCCACCACAUACACACCUGUGCCCGAUUUAGCCACCUAGCUCUGAUGUUGCUUUCUCUAGGUGGUGCCCUCAAAAGCCUGCAGCAGGCAGACGCAGAGUCCCUGCAGGCCCUGUGGUGGGACCGAGAGACGCCAGCUCUUCCACUCCGUUCACGAGACAUCCUGCCCUUAAUGGACCUGGCUCUACAGUAUCAAGCCAGCCCCCGCCAUCCUCCGAUUCUGCCUGUGGAGCUGCCGUGUGCUUCAGUUUGCCAGCGAUUCCUGCUUGUCUUUGCUGGCAGCAGCGAUGGUGUAUGGGUGCUCCUGGGAACAGCAGGAGCCCCACACCUCCCCAUGGCGACGAGCAGCCUGGAUCCCCCAAAGCUGGGCAGCAGGCUCCUGGUGGCCAUGCAGCAGCUUCUCCAGAAAUGCAUGGCCCAGUCCAAGGUGGCUGUCAAUCCCCAGGGCUUGCUUGGCCUGCAGCACCUUGGCAAGGAGCCAGGGCAAAAUGAUGGCAUCUGCUUCAAUGUGGUAGCCACGAUUGGAGGCAGCAGCUCACCGGAGCAGGGACCACCAGCAUUACAGGAUCCAGCUUUCACCUGGUGGAAAGUGGAAGAUGCAGCUCUGAAGAGCAAGAUCCUCCAAAGGCUUAAUACCUCUUCCUUUAUCCCCAUUCAGAGUUAGAUUUUGCCAGCCAAGGGCUGUGCCAGCAGAGCAGAAAUCGAAGCCACCUCCUCUUGACCCAAGUUCUGGUCAAGGAGGAAGCAGUGAUGACAGGACCCAGCAAUCUCAAGAGAGGAGCCUUUUAUCCCAAAGCCCUGCUGGGAGUACCCCGAUGUCACAGAAUACAGCGUGGGUCCACAAUACCCCUUUUCCAGAUGAUGCAAUGCUUCCCACCACUGCAGAAAGCAAGGUGGGCAGGAAGGGUCAUGGUACAUUUACAGCUGCUUGCAGUAGUGGCCAGCCAAGCUUAUGCCCAGCGUAGUUAAUAAAAAUGCUUGUUUCCUUGUG